AUGUCGAUCGAUAUCCAGGCGACCGCCCCGGGCCCGCCCAUUUUUAGCUCCCGGCCGCCCCCAGCAUCGCGCCUGCGCGUCUCGCCACCCCCGGUCACAACGCUCAUACCCUCGCCGCCAACAGAGGCGAACAGACCGCGUCGCGACCGCGCCCUGUUCCCGAGUGUUCGUCCGUCCGUCUGUCGUCGGACAGUGGCCAACGUGGAUCUACGGGGUGUCCCGACUGCAGCUGCCCCCACGGGCAUCCGCGGGAGACUGCUGCUCGCACAGCCCGCCAGACUGUUCCAGGGGGCACAGAACAGAUUCAGGGAGACAGAUCCAGUAAUUAUAAAAAGGAUAUUGAAGCGGUUAGAAUGUUUGAUGGAAAGAGUUUCCAUCGCUAAUGGACUUUUGGCUGUGGUUUUUGUGGAAUUCGAAAGAAACGGGUGCAGUCGGAAGACAUAA